UGAUUAUUUAUGACAUUGUAACAUGAUUUAAUUACAGUGUUGAAAAUGAAAUUCGACAAUAUUGAUAUGAAAAUGAAUAUUCAGGAUUUCAAAACCCUUUCUUCUAACUGGAAAAUAGACGAGAGACUGAUCCUGACCAGUACAGUACACACGUCAAAAGAUGGCGCGUCUUUGGAAGUCGUUCAUGCUGUUGAGAAAGACCCGAAACUGAGCUUUGAAAAGCUGGUCUUUACCGGAAAUGUGGACGAAUGUCGUGAAAUCCACAACGCUAUUGAAUCAUCCAUAGCAGGAAAGAGGCCCAGACGUUUGUUGGUUUUCAUUAAUCCUAGAAGUGGAAAGAGGGAUGCUGAGAAAAUAUAUAAAAAACAAGUUUUGCCAGUUUUUCGGAUGUGUGGAAUCGAGACAAAAGAAUAUGUGACAAAAAGAGCAAACGAUGUAGGGGACUGCCUGCGAAACACACAUCUGGAUAUUUAUGACGGAGUUGUGGCUGUAGGUGGAGAUGGGAUAUACAAUGAAGUAAUGUCCGGCCUAUUGGACAGAGAAAUGCGAGAUAAUGGCCGAAACCCAGAUGACCCUGAAGCCCAGCUUGUGCAACUACGGCUACCAAUAGGAAUAGUUCCAGCAGGGUCGGGGAAUUACACCGUAUGGUACCUGAAUGGAACUAAGUGUCCUAAAACUGCUGCAUUGAGAAUUGCGAUGGGCCAAUGUGUUCCCACAAAUAUUGCAAGUCUUCACCAAGGUCAUACGUGCACCGGUUACUCGGGCCUCAUUCUUGGUUUUGGGUUAUUUGGAGACAUGAUGAAAGAUUGCGAACAAUAUAGAUGGAUGGGGACAAGUCGAUUUAAAGUGAUCCCUGUAGGCACCCUGUUGAACAGACGACCCGUGAAUGUAACUUUAUCAUACAUUCCCACUGAAUCUCACUCCAAGAGCGACGUCCAUAACAACGUUAAGAUUCCUAAAGCAGACUUCGCACGGCAGGUGUCUGUUCCCGUCCCUAGUACCAACAUGGCCCGAAUAUCUUUCAAGAAGAGAACUUUCUCAACCUCGGACAUGCUUGAAGCACCCUCAGACUGGAGAACUGCAGAGGACAGAGUAGUUUAUGCAGUAGACACAUACCCGAUUACAAUGGAACCGUGCGGGGAAAAAAUGAUGCCAACUUUUGGAGAGGAUUCUUUAAGAUUACUUAUAACUCGAAAAUGUAAACUCACAGACCAUAUCCGGCAGCUGAAAGCAGUGGAUAACAGAAAAUCAUCCUGUUAUGAAUUUGAUUUUGUCACAACGAUCAAAGUACAACGAUAUCGAGUCCGGGUCUUGAAGAAUGAAACCGAGGAUUUUUAUAUCAAUUGUGAUGGGGAGGUCAUUCGUCUGCACGAACCGGAGUUCCAAGUCAGUUUGCACAAAAAAGUUGUACAACUAUAUGGCAGAGCUGGAUGGUAAUCACCAGGUGGUGGAUCACGUGCCUCUUUGAUAUUCAUUUUGUGUGUGUUCAGUUUUCAGUAUUAUUUUUAUAAUAACAUUUUUAUUUUAUUUGUUUAUUUAUUUAGUUUUUGAUAUAUUUUUACACGAUAUUUAUUUUUACAUAUUAUACAUUUUAUACCUGCAUGUAUUUUUAGCUCACCUGAGCUAAAAGCUCAAGUGAGCUAUUCUGAUCACCCGUAGUCCCGCGUCCAUCUGUAAACUUUUAACAUUUUUGACUUCUUCUCAAAAACCACUGGGACAAUUUCAAUCAAAGUUGGCACAAACCAUCCUUAGGUAAAGGGAAUUCUAAAUUGUUAAAAUAAAGGGCCAGGCCACCUUCCAAGGGGAGAUAAUCAAGAAAAGGUAAAAAUAGAGUAGGGUCAUUAAUAAAUCUUCUCAAGAACCACUGUGCCAGAAAAGAUGAAAUUUAUAGAUAAGCUUUAUUAGGUAGUGCAUAUUCUAAAUUAUUAAAAUCAUGGCCCCCGGGGGUUGGAUGUGGUCACAAUAGGGGAUCAAAGUUUUACAUACAAAUAUAUAGGAAAAAUCUUUUUAAAAUCUUCUUCUCAAGAACCACAUAGCCAGAAAAGCUGAUAUUUACAUGAAGGCUUUCUGACAUAGUGCAGAUUCAACUUCGUUAAAAUCCUGGCCCCCUGGGGUCGGAUGGGGCCACAAGGGGGGAUCAAAGUUUUACAUACAAAUAUAUAGGGAAAAUCUUUAAAAAUCUUCCUCUUAAGAACCACAUAGCCAGAAAAGCUGAGAUUUAUAUGAAAGCUUCCUGAUAUAAUGCAGAUUCAAGUUUGUUAAAAUCAUGGCCCCCGGGGGUUGGAUGGGGCCACAAGGAGGGUCAAAGUUUUACAUACAAAUAUAUAGGAAAAAUCUUUAAAAAUGUUCUUCUCAAGAACCACAGAGCCAGAAAAACUGAUAUUUAUAUGAAAGCUUUCUGAUAUAGUGCAAAUUCUAAAUUGUUAAAAUCGGGGUCCCCAGGGGUAAGAUGGGGCCACAAUAGGGGAUCAAAGUUUUACAUACAAAUAUAUAGGAAAAAUCAUAAUCUCAAGAACCACUGAGCCAGAAAAGCUGAUAUUUACAUGAAAGCUUUCUGACAUAGUGUAGAUUCAACUUUGUUAAAACCAUGGCCCCUGGGGGUCUGAUGGGGCCACAAGGGGGGAUCAAAGUUUUACAUACAAAUAUAUAGGAACAAUCUUUAAAAAUCUUCCUCUCAAGAACCACUGAGCCAGAAAAGCUGAUAUUUACACGAAAGCUUCCUGAUAUAGUGCAGAUUCAAGUUUGUUAAAAUGAUGGCCCCCGGGGGUCGGAUGGGGCCAAAAUAGGGGAUCAAAGUUUUACAUACAAAUAUAUAGGGAAAAUCUUUAAAAAUCUUCUUCUCAAGAACCAUUGGACCAAAGAAGUUUACAUUUACAUGAAAGCUUUCUGACAUAGUGGAGAUUCAAGUUUGCAAAAAUCAUGGCCUCCAGGGGUAGGUUGGGGCCAUAAUAGGGACUACGGUUUUACAUGCAAAUAUAUAUGGAAAGUCUUCUGCUAUGGACCAAGGUGACUCAGGUGAGCGAUGUGGCCCAUGGGCCUCUUGUUUAAAAAUCAAUGAAUUUUGUAAUGUGUGUAAGCAACCAUAUUAAAAAUAUAUUUGAUAUUAAUGUUUAUGAAUGCCUUUGUAUACUUUUUUUUUUUUUUACUGUUUAUGUGGUUUUUGGUUAAAUGUUUAUAUCUUCCUUUGUAUUUGUGUUUUUAUUGUUUGUUUUUUUGGGUUUUUUUAAAAGUUUAUGUAUAUCUUUGUAUACUUUUUUUUAUUUAUUUAUUUUUUUUUACUGUUUAUGGGGUUUUAAGUGAAAUAUUUGUGUAUACCUUUGUAUACUUUUUGGGUUUUUUUUACUGUUUAUGGGGUUUUAAGUGAAAUAUUUGUGUAUACCUUUGUAUACUUUUUUUUAACUGUUUAUGGAGUUUUUAGUUAAAAGUUUAUAUAUACCUUUGUAUACUUUUUUUUUUUUUUACUGUUUAUGGAGUUUUUAGAAAAAAUAAUCACUGGAUGUUGAUUUGAUCAUGGAUAUAUUUUUUCUGUGCCUUACAACAUUGUAUUGAAAUAAAAUAAAACAUCAACCUUG